AUGGUUCUACCGAGAAAGACCCUUCGUGUGUCCCACCUGGGAGGGAUCCAGGUGGGCUAUCGUCCGUCGCGAGAGAUUUUGGAUCAUUCCAAGCCCACGCUUGUCUUGUUCAAUCCAUUUACCACUACGGCCGACUACUACCUGCCUGAGUUUGAGAACGAAGCUCUCCUCCAGGCAGCCAAUCUUAUAGCGCUGGAGCCUUUGGGGCAUGGGCAUACGUUUCCGCAGAAGGCAGAAACAUACACCUACUGGGAUACUGCCAUCAUGACACUCCAGGCCUUGGACAAGCUCGGAGUCGAGAAGGUGUUUGCCGCGGGAACCUCGCAGGGCGGGUUCAUCGCUGCGAGAAUGGCACUUCUCGCGCCAGAGAGGAUUCAAGGCAUCAUCGCUAUCGGGUCGUCGAUGGACUCUGAGUCGCCACGAAGCCGCGACCUUGGCUGUUGGGAUGGCCCGGGAGCGACUUCGGGUCUUGUAACAUUGGCCGGCGAUCUUACUCCAGCUCACGACUUCGAACCAGGCAGCGGAUAUUGCGACUUUUUGAUGGACAUCGGGUUCGGAAAGACGGUCGACCAAAAGACCAAGGACUUUUGGGCCGAGACGAUUAAAAGCAACUACAGUGGAGACUCUGGGAAGAGAAGAAUCUGCCAGGCUGCGGUCAAUCUCGCUGGCCGCGAUGGGUUGCACGAGCGAUUGCCGUAUAUCCGCUGUCCCGUCCUGUGGUUACAGGGCACGGAUGAUGUCGUUUUCAGUGUCAAGAACGCGGAGGAAGAGAUCAAGCUCUUCACAAAUGCGACCGAGGCCAGAUUGGUCAAGUUCUCUGGGGGAGUCCAUUUUCUGAGCUGGACGCACAAGGAAGAGGUCGCUCGGGAACUGCUGGGUUUCAUUAGCAAAUGGGAAAGAGUGCCAAAAGCAUCACUAUGA